AUGGUAUCUCUUGCAACUGUGCGUGCCCAUAAUGCAUCCCUAAAGAGCCUGGGCUCUGGGCUUGUUGCUGUAUUUGUGGGCGGAACAAGUGGAAUUGGUCUAUACACAGUCCGUGAAUUCGCUCGCUACACUGUUUCCCCGACUGUCUAUCUUGUCGGACGCAAUGAGGCGCAAGCAAAGCAGGUUAUCCAGGAAUUGAGCUUGAUAAAUCCACACGGCAAGUUCCAGUUCAUUAAGACAGAUGCGUCGCUCUUAUGUGGUGUGGACUCGGCGUGUGAGGUGAUUCAACGGCGGGAAAGUCGGAUUAACCUUUUGUUUUUGAGCUGUGGUAUUUUCACUAUGAAAGGGAGAGAUGUAACGAGAAGUCUGAAAAUGCUCUUUCCCGUGUCAUAA